UAUAUACAUUAGUGCCAAAUGGAACAUAUAUUUUGAAAUAUGAACCCCUAGUAAAACUUAGGAAUCUGGAGUAAAAUUCAGGUAUCUGCCAAAGGAAACUUCGGAGUAGUUGUCAUUUGAAGAAAAGAAACGAUGCUGGGUCUCUUAUCUUCAUGGACUGUUUUGCUUGUCAGAUUUCUAACAUCACUUCAGCUGAAUUUUGUAUUUGACUUCCAACUUCAUGGCCAUUUGACCUGCCAACUAUUAUUUUCUUUGAGGCUUGUAACACUCCACCCAAGUAUUUUGCUUUCCAGAACAGUUGUGUCCGUUUCCUUUUCACUUCACCUUAACAUCAGACGAGGUUUACAACAUAGGCUUAAUGUGCAUCCUUUAAGGUUUCAGACAGACCCAGGGGCGUCGCAGUGAUGACCUGAAGCUGAUACCGCUCUGUAAAGUCAAGGCCCCCUGGAGGAUCGCUCUUUGUGCCAGGAUUUCCAUUCAACCUGAGAGUCCCGGGGCUGGGGUCGGACCCAGAGAGCCCGACUCUCCAGGGUUCCAGUCCCCUCCCCAGGCCGAACGUGCGGGCUGGGACCUUACGACCGGAAAACACCGCCCUUUCCUGUCGCCUACUCAUUCCCCAGGCCGAAGACUCGAGGAGGAAGAGACGGAGACGGAUUAAGAAAAUUAAUUAACCGGGUCCACGUUCGGCCUCCGGGCGAAGGGGCUGGGCGCGCAGCGGGCGCAGGUGCCGCCCAGGGCUGAAUUUCACGCUCCCGGGCCAGCCGCUGCGCCACUUGCGCCCCGUCGCUCGUCCGGGGGCGGCCGCCACCCGCUUGCCCCAGCUUUAGGCAGAUCUCUUUUAGGGACCCCGCGGGAGAGGAAACGCCUCCCCCUGGACUGGAAAAACCUGCAGCGUCGGCUGUUCGCUUGCCCCUGCUCAGCCAGCAGCCCCUGGCGUCUCCGGUGCGCCAAAUCCACUCUCCGGGUUUUGGCGGCAGCUCCAAGGGGAUCAGGCUGGAAACUGUCAGAACACGACCCUCCCCCCUCCCAACCGGGGCUUCGAGUGGCCCGGGGGCCCGAGGCCAGGCCGGGGCGGCGCGGUCAGGUGGCUUCUCUUCCCCGAGGGCCCCCCGCCCGCCGCGCCGGAGCUUUGCGGGCUAGAUCGGAUCGUUGGGACGAAGAGAGGUUUCUCCAUGCUGUGGAAGGGACUGGCGGAUGUAACCGGCUCUCCAGAAAGCCCUGCUUGGCUGUAAGUCCAGGAAGGCCUCUUAGACCUCCAUCUCGUUUCAGAGCCACUUGUGAAGCUACUUGAGAAAAAUGAUGUGACAGUUCCUACCAAAAAGGAUACUGGGAAACCUAUAACAUCUGUGAAGAAAGUCGCCCUUUUUCCCUUUUGCAAAAUCGACAUCCUCAAACUCCAAAAUGCCAGCCAAGACCCCAAUUUACCUGAAAGCUGCCAAUAACAAGAAAGGAAAGAAAUUUAAACUGAGGGACAUCUUGUCUCCGGAUAUGAUCAGCCCUCCCCUUGGAGACUUCCGCCACACCAUUCACAUCGGCAAAGAGGGCCAGCACGACGUCUUUGGAGACAUUUCCUUUCUUCAAGGCAACUAUGAGCUUCUACCUGGAAACCAGGAGAAAGCACGCAUGGGCCAGUUCCCUGGGCAUAACGAGUUCUUCCGGGCCAACAGUACCUCCGACUCCAUGUUCACAGAAACGCCCUCCCCGGUGCUCAAAAACGCCAUCUCCCUCCCAACCAUCGGAGGGUCCCAAGCACUCAUGUUGCCCUUGUUGUCACCGGUGACAUUCAGUUCCAAACAGGAGUCCUUAGGGCCGGGAAAGCUGCCCCGGCUUAGCUGUGAGCCGGUCAUGGAGGAGAAGGCUCCGGAGGAAAGCGGCCUGUUGGAGAACGGGACGGUCCACCAGGGGGACGUCUCGUGGGGGUCCAGCGGGUCCGCAUCCCAGUCCAGCCAGGGCAGGGGCAGCCACUCCUCCAGCCUCUCCGAACAGUAUCCCGACUGGGCGGCCGAGGACAUGUUUGACCAUUCCGCCCCGUGCGAGCUCGUCAAGGAAAAGACUAAAUCAGAGGAGUCCCUCUCUGAUCUCACGGGUUCCCUCCUCUCCCUGCAGCUCGAUCUUGGGCCCUCAUUUCUGGAUGAGGUGCUGAAUGUCAUGGAUAAAAAUAAGUAACAGGACACCGCCGGCUCUUUUCCUUUGGGGUAAAAGGUAUCAAAAAACAGAACAAAACAAAACUAACCACAAAGAGAAGAGCUUCGCUGGCUAUACUUGCUGUCAUGUGAUGGGUUUUCUAAAAUAACUUUCCUACAAAAUAUUUUUUUACCUGGUAUGCCCUGUUUGCAAAAACAGUGAAAAACAAAAAAACCUAUCCUGGCAAAGAGAGGAAGUGAGUCAGAACCCAUUUUCGGCGGGCAUUGCUGAUGUACAGCUCACAUUUUUUGUUUUCAGACACAUAAGAAAUCUGGCUUGGCCAGGACUGGCACUACUUAUGAAGGGCUGUGCCAGUCACAUUAAGGACCUUUACAGUACUCUGGCAUUUUCUGAGCAAGAGGAAGUCAAAAUUUAUUUAACACCCACACCUUUUUUCUAGACUCUUUUCUAUAUUAUAUCGUUUGGGCUCACCAUAGCAAAUUCUUCAGUGUUAAAACUUUUCUCUGUUUUCACAUUUGAACAACUUUAUGGGUUUCGGGGAUUUGCUUGUAGCUCUUAUAUAUCCCUAUAUAUUAUAUCUAUAUUGCGAAAUUUUGACUGUCAGCUACAUGUUGGUAAGACACAAGCAAAGUAUUACUGUAACUAAGUUAUUUUUAAAGUUAAAAUAUAUUUUUAUGUGCCUUUGGCUCUUUAUUGCAGAGUCUACAUUUUAUAGGUACUACAUCAAAUAUGGUCAUUUGACUUUCCAUUGGGAUUCCAUUCUAAGCUGUGUAUGUGUAUGUUUGGAAAAAUGUAUUCAUACUUAGCUUUACUUUCUUUUUCUUCAUCUGUUAUCAUACUUUUCACAGCAGCCAACAAUGGAUUGUAAAGUGUAAAGGCACAGGUUACUCACAAUGCUUCUGCAGAGACUGUGGGCUACACCACAUAAUGUUAUUUGGAAAUAUGGGUAUUUUAGUACAGUACAUACUUGCAUUACAUAGGUACUUCAUACAACACAAUAAAGAGUAAAUGUUAAAAUCAA